AUCCCUUGUUAGGAUACAAAGCCGCAUAGCGGACUUAUGCAUGUACAUAACGCGCACGUGCGGUUAAUAAGCACCCGCACAUCACAUGACCGCGACAUAAAGUCUUAACCUCGCUGAUGGCCGAGGACAGGACAUCAGCGAUUAGUACCGUGAAUACUACGCAUAUACUUCUCAUAACACUCACUGCGCUAUCUAUAGACCUUCUCUCACAUCCCUUGCCAGGACAGGUGGUUGAACCACCAGAACUGAUCAUUGUUGGAAAUGAACAGGAGUGGGAGGUAGAGGAAGUCAUUGCAUCUCAUAUAAACUGCUGACAACUGCAGUAUCAGAUGAAGUGGAUAGGAUUUG